AUGGGGCUCCAGGAUAUUCUAAAAAUCAUAUACGCCUGGCUCCCGGUGUCUCCGUUCCCUGUCCUUCACAAGUUCAACCCAUCCUCUGACCCCAACUUCGGCCGCGGCGACGACGGCGAGGACCGAAUCAACAACCUCCCCAACGACCUCCUGCGCAACAUCGUCUACCGCAUGCCCGUCAAGGACGCCGCGCGCACCACCGCCAUCUCUCCCCGCUGGCGCAGCAUCUGGCGCUCCACCCCGCUCCUCCUCAAAGACCGCCACCUCUUCCGGCAGGUGGACCUGCGAGACGACAUCGACUAG